AUGAACUUGGAAUAUAUUUUUGAUGAACCAUGUCAAAAAAAACCUUCUCAUGUUCCACUUGAAUGGAAACAUGUUGGUGUUGCUUCAACUUUUAUAAUGAUAAAUGGUUUGAUUUCGAUAUGGUUUGGCUUAAAAUUGGAGAAAUCUCUAUUUAUUAGUUCAAUUAGAUGUGUAGUGCAAUUGACACUGAUGGGUAUGAUACUCAAAGAUGUAUUUAAAGCACGAAAUCCAUUAAUAAUUAUGACAAUGAUAUUUGUACUUAUAUUUCUUGGAGCAAAUGAAGUUGUUUUUAAUAAAAUUCUUAUAUCAUUGUCAUUGAGUACGCUAUUUAUUGGUGUGAUUGGUUCAAGGUUUGCAAUGAAUCAAAAGCCAUUUUGGGAUCCUCAAAUAUUCAUUCCAACAAUGGGAAUGAUUCUUGGAAAUACAAUGUCUGCUAUUGCUGUUGGUAUAUCAUAUGCUUUGGCACAAUUUGGUGAACAAAAGGAUAAAAUUGAAAUGAGUUUAUCGUUCGGUGCUACUAGAUGGGAAGCUGGUCGCCCUGUUGCAGUAGAAGCUAUAAGAUUGGCCAUGUUACCAACAAUUAAUUCAAUGAGUAUAAUUGGAUUAAUUUCAAUUCCAGGAAUGAUGACUGGUCAGAUUAUUGGAGGUGCACCUAUAAUGGAUGCUGUUAAAUAUCAACAAAUUAUCAUGUUUAUGAUAUCUGCUUCAACAGCACUUGGUGUACUUUUUUCAACAUUUGUCUGUGUAUUCACAUGUAUUGAUGAUCACCAUCGUUUACGUACAGAAAGAAUAUCAAAUGCAAAGCCAUGGAUUUAUGCACAAAAAGAUAAACUCUUUGAAAAAACUAAAAAUUUAUUAAUUUAUUUAAAAAAUAAAUUAUUUUGUUGUGCCAUUCAAAGGAAUAGUCUUUCUUCUGAUGAUGAUCAUCAUGAUUUAAAUAAUGGCGAAAAUUUGAGUUUAUUAGAUAGUCGUCGUAAUCAUAACUCAUGA